CUUGAAAGCGCAGAUGCAAUAGGGAGCGAUUGCGGAUCUUUACACUCAUUGCUACUACACACAGCUUUCGUUUCAGUAGCCAAGCAGCCGCACCUAGUAAAGUGAGGCUAGUAGGGGAAAGUUUAUCUUCAGCAGCCAAGCCAGACCACAAGAAACUGAACAGAACAGCCUUAGGGCAUGAGGUGACGUACCAAUUAUGUCAGCAGUGGACUUGCCAGCAAUGGGGCUCAGCCCUGGGGCGCGGCUGCGCACGCAGCUGUGCAAGGGCAGCCUCGCCCCAUUUUGGGGGGCACAUGGCAGCACAUGUUCGCAGCAGCAGCGCGGAGGCAGCAUUAGAAGCCGGGCUCCCAGCAGGAGCCUCAUCAGGCGGGGGCAGCUGCAGAUCGUGGCCCUCAGAAACGUCUCCGGCCAUGCAGUGCCUGUCUCCUCCCCCAUCAUCAACGAGAAGGGCAUUGUGGUGGACGCGGCCGAGAAGACGCCCUUCAAGAAGAUUCUGUGCGCAAAUCGCGGCGAGAUUGCCGUGCGCGUCUUCCGCGCAGGCACAGAGCUCGGCCUGCGCACGCUGGCGAUCUACAGCCCGGCUGACCGGCUGCAGCCGCACCGCUACAAGGCGGAUGAGUCGUACGAGGUUGGGAGUCCGGACAUGACCCCCGUGCAGUGCUACCUCGACGUGGAGGGUAUCCUCGCACUCGCCAAGGAGCAGGGUGCGGACGCAAUUCAUCCGGGGUACGGGUUUCUGUCGGAGAACCCGACGUUCGCGCGGCGGUGCGAGGAGGAGGGGAUUGCGUUCGUGGGACCUGCGCCCGAGACCAUCCAGGCAAGCUCACUACUCCCAGCGAUGGGCGACAAGACGGACGCCCGCAAGCUGGCGGAGGAGUGCAACGUGCCGGUGGUGCCCGGCAGCGCCGGCGCCAUUCUGACGGCGGCCGAUGCGGCCGACUUCGCUGGCAAGGCCGGCUACCCGGUCAUUCUCAAGGCGGCGUACGGCGGCGGCGGCCGCGGCAUGCGUGUUGAGGAGAUUGAGGAUGCCUUCGAGCGCGCGAGCGCAGAGGCCAAGGCGGCGUUUGGCAACGGGGCGAUGUUUGUGGAGAAAUUUGUCGAGGAUCCCAGGCACGUUGAGGUUCAGAUCCUGGCCGACAAUUACGGAAAUACGGUCCACCUCUACGAGCGCGACUGCUCCGUGCAGCGCCGCCACCAGAAGGUGGUGGAGGUAGCGCCGGCGUACGGACUGGACCCGACGGUGCGCGCGGCGCUGCACCGGGACGCGGUGGCGCUGUGCAAGCACGUCGGCUACCGUAACGCCGGGACCGUUGAGUUUAUGGUGGACAAGCACGGCAACUACUUCUUCCUGGAGGUCAACCCGCGCAUUCAGGUGGAGCACACAUGCACGGAGGAGGUCACGGGGGUGGAUCUGGUUCAGGCUCAGAUCAGGAUUGCAGGCGGUGCCUCGCUGGCAGACCUCGGCAUCGCAAGCCAGGAGGACAUCCCGGAGCCGAAGAGCUACGCGAUUCAGUGCCGCAUCACGAGCGAGGACCCGGAGCUGAAUUUCCAGCCGGACAGCGGCCGCAUCCAGGCGUACCGCUCCCCUGGCGGCCCCGGCAUCCGCCUGGACGGCGCCAUGGCUGCCGGCAACUUCGUCUCCCGCCACUACGACUCACUGCUCGUCAAGGUGAUCGUGCGGUCAGGGACGUACCUGCAUGCGAUCCAGAAGAUGCAGCGCGCGCUGUACGAGUUCCACAUCCGCGGCGUCAAGACUAACAUCCUGUUUCUGGAGAACGUUCUGCGGCACCCAGAGUUCCUGUCUGGCACCGCCACAACCUCCUUCAUUGACAGGAACCCGCAGCUGUUCAACUUCAAGAGCCAGGGCUCGAUCCAGUCCUCAAAGCUGCUGACCUACUUGGCAGACAUGGUAGUUAAUGGGCCAAAGCACCCAGGGGCGGUGGGGCUGCCGCCGGCCAAGAUCACACCGCCGCCGCCACCCGUGCCUCAGAACAUCGUGGCUCCUACGCCCUCCUGGCGCGACGUGCUGGUGAAGGAGGGGCCAGAGGGCUGGGCCAAGGCUGUGAGGGGGCACUCCUCGCUGCUGCUCACAGACACCACAUGGCGGGAUGCUCACCAGAGCCUGCUGGCGACACGCAUGCGCACGCAUGACAUGCUGAAGGCCGCACCGGCCACCUCCAAGAUCCUGGCGCCCUGCGCCAGCCUGGAAAUGUGGGGCGGCGCAACCUUCGACGUGGCCCUCAGGUUCCUGCACGAGGAUCCCUGGAGGCGGCUGGACCUGCUGCGCCAGAAAGUCCCCAAUAUCCCCUUCCAGAUGCUGCUGCGGGGAGUGAACGCCGUCGGAUACACGUCCUACCCCGACAACGUGGUGACGGCGUUUGUGGCGGAGUCCAAGCGCGCGGGCGUGGACAUCUUCAGGGUUUUCGACUCCCUCAAUUACAUCGACAACCUCAAGUUUGGCCUGGACGCUGUGCACGCGGCGGGGGGCGUUGCUGAGGGCACCAUCUGCUACACCGGGGACAUCCUCAACCCAGAGCACCACCCCAAGUACACGCUGGAGUACUACCUGAAGAUGGCGGAGCAGCUGGUGGACCACGGCAUCCACACCCUCGCCAUCAAGGACAUGGCAGGGCUGCUAAAGCCGCGGGCGGCGACGGUGCUGGUGGGCGCCCUGCGGGAGGCGUUCCCCGACCUGGUGCUGCACGUGCACACGCACGACACGGCGGGCACGGGCGUCGCCACGCAGCUGGCAUGCGCCAACGCAGGCGCUGACAUCGUCGACUGCGCCAUCGACUCCAUGUCCGGCACCACGUCGCAGCCGUCGAUGGGGGCGAUAGUAAAUUCGCUGCAUGGAACACCCCUUGACACGGGCGUCGACCCACUCUCCCUUGCACGCCUCUCCAUCUACUGGGAGCAGACUCGGGCGCUGUACGCUCCGUUUGAGUCGGAUCUGCGCAGCUCCUCGUCAGACGUGUACUACCAUGAGAUGCCGGGCGGCCAGUACACCAACCUCAAGUUCCAGGCGCUGUCGUUGGGCCUGGGGGAGCAGUGGGAGAAGGUGAAGACGGCGUACGCAGAGGCCAACCGCGCACUGGGGGACAUAGUCAAGGUGACGCCGUCAUCCAAGGUAGUGGGCGACCUGGCGCAGUUCAUGGUCCAGAACAACCUCAACGAGCGCCAGCUGGUCGACAAAGCAGAGAACCUCUCCUUGCCCUCCAGCGUGGUGGAGUACCUUCAGGGGAUGCUAGGGCAGCCGGAGGGCGGCUUCCCGGAGCCGCUGCGCAGUCGCGUGCUGAAGGACCUGCCGCGCGUUGAGGGCCGGCCGGGGGCAUCCAUGCCGCCCAUGAACCUGGUGACCAUGGAGGCCAACCUUAAAGACAAGCACGACCAAUACUCCAUCACCUACCGGGAUGUGCUGUCCGCCACGCUCUACCCCAAGGUCUUCGACGAGUUCAAGGCGUGGGAGGCGAAGUACAGCGGAUUCACAGCAAUGCUGCCGACCAAGGCGUUCCUGGCGCCCAUGGACGAGGACGAGGAGAUCGAGGUGGAGCUGGCCAAGGGGAACACCGUUGUUAUCAAGUACAAGGCGCUGUCCGAGCUGCAGCCCGACGGCAAGAGGGAGGUGUUCUUUGAGAGCAACGGCAUUCCGCGGGUGGUCGAGGUAAUCGACACGACGGCGGCCGACACGGCAAAUGCGGCCGGGAGCGCCAAGGCGGCGCGCGACAAGGCCAACCCGACCGACGACGGCUCCGUGGGGGCACCCAUGGCCGGCGAGGUCAUCGAUGUCAAGAUCAAGCCCGGCGAGACUGUGAAGGCGGGGCAGCCGCUGGUGAUUCUGUCGGCGAUGAAGAUGGAGACGAGUGUGUCGUCGCCCCUCAGCGGCACCGUUCGCCACGUGGCGGUGACUAAGGGCGACCAGAUCGAUGCAGGUGAUCUUGUGGUGCUGAUCUGGGAAGGAGGGGAGGCCCCUGAAGGAGAGGACGCAUCUGGCUCAAAGUCUGCUGCACCAGCUCCCCAACUGCAGCCUGCUGUUGCAUAGAAGCAUUGUCCUGGAAGACCUCUGCUUGUUCUAGAACUUGACACUGCGCACUGCAAGCCUUACUGACUGACAGUAUUGAAUGAUCUUUGGCUGAGAAUGAGCACUCUCUGAUCCAGAUCGGAUCUGGCUGAAGGAUCUUCUUGGUGAUAUGUAUAUUAUGUAGCGUGCGUUGAUGAGCAUCUUGGACUGCAGAAUUGCACUGCACUUAGCAGGUAUCUGUAUCAGCAAGAUAUACACAGGAAAGUCAUCAUGCAUUCGGCAUGAUGUCUUCAUUCAAACUAGUGUCCAAAAUUCUAAUGCCUGCUUGAAGCUUAAAGCCAUUCAAUGUGCACAAUGUCCAUGUGGCACACAAGGUCUAGACUUAAAAUUGUAGCGGUACCGCCCUGGUCACCGUUCGACUCUAGAAUGAGCUACUGCAAUACAAACGCUGCACAGUUCAGACUUAAGAAAGGUUUUGUAAUUUUGUGAUAUGAUGGAC